GGUAAGUUCUGAGAUGUAUUUUCUGUGAUGUACUUCGUAUUGCAGCAAACGAGCCCCUAAAAACCUAGGCAGCUAAUGGACGAUAUGGCUGUGGCUUAGCAACCAGUUGGACCUAGGAGUAGACAUUAAAAAGGUGGCGCACCUUAUAUUGUUGACGCCCAUCUGGCAAGUGAAUACACCUCAUGUAACGGGGCUGGUGCUAACGGUGCGGUUUGUUCAAAUUUUAAUUCUUCGCACCCGGAAAUUCAGUCUCCUCUCUUUUCCUUUCAACCCUAUCCCAUCCAACCUCCUCCUCCUCCACCUUCAACGGUAAAUUGCAUUUAUUUUUCGUAAUUCCGUACUUUUCAAACGUCGUUACAGCAAUUUAUCUCUACUUACCACAUACCUUGAUUGCAUUUACUUCCUCCUCCUGUGCGCGGAUCGCGCACACCUUUUAACAUAUACCAUGUCUGAAUUUCUUGGCUCUCGCAUAUCCCUCAUCUCGAAGAGUGAUAUCCGCUAUUCGGGUGUAUUGCACGAGAUCAAUUCAGAAGAGUCGACGGUCUCUCUGGAAAAUGUCAGAUCGUUCGGUACCGAGGGCCGCAAGGGUAACCCAGAAGAAGAGAUAGCACCUUCUGAUCAAGUCUACGAGUACAUCGUCUUUCGCGGUAGCGACGUGAAAGACUUGCGAAUCGAGCAAGCUCCUGUUCCUCCUAAAGAGAACCAACCUCCCAAGGUUCCGGAUGACCCUGCUAUCGUUGGAGCUCGUACUCGUCCUGCAGGUGCCAUUCCACCUGGUUCGGAAGCUCCAGGCUACGGCCAAAGUCCGUACCAGCCCAACCCGUUCUAUCCUCCACCUCCUGGACAAUGGGAACGUGGUGGCCCUGGUCCCGUUCCGGGUCAAGGCUUCCAUGGAAUGCCCUACCCACCCCCUCCCGGCUGGUUUCCCGGCCAAGGUUUCCCGGCUGGUGGACCUGGAGGGCCUGGUCCGUGGAAUAGCUUUGGAUACCCGCCUGGACCUGGACCUCAAGGGCCUCAAGGACCCCCUGGCAUGCCUGGCGUACCUAGUCAAGGGAUGAGGGGAACACCCCAGCAGGAGAGCAAUAACAACAAGCCUGCUCCUAUCGGUGCAGGCGUCGACAAACAAAGACUGCAACCUAUUCAGCCUGCCCCAACGAAUGUCGCCCCGACCCCGCCGGUCGAGUCGAAACCUACUGCGGCGGAAGUCAAAGCUACUGCAGAAUCUCUAUCGACAACGAACGCCCCUCCGACCAACGUCACUGAGAAGAAGGCCGCUCCAACCGGUCCUAAGAACAACCGAGUCCUCCCUGCUGUGCCGAUUCAGGCCGCAGUCACUCCGAAAAUCGCCUCCCAAGUUACUGCCGCCGCUUCUACAGUUAAACCCGCAGGAGGGCAAGCUGCUGCUCAGGCUGCACUUAAAGAUGCCACCCAAGCCGCAAAAGAAGCAGUUGCUGUCGCGAUGGCGAAGCUUAACAACUCUGCCGCUGCUGAAACCUCUGCACAGAAUGGUAGUGCAAUGGACAACUUGACUAAGAAGGUCAACGAGAUGAGGAUGACCGCUCCCAGGUCCUCGGCAAACGGUAGGGGACGUGGCCGAGGCGGUCGUUCCGGCGGACCAACCAAGGUCAACGUUCCGGAUUCCGACUUCGACUUCGAAGCUGGUAAUGCAAAGUUUAACAAGCAAGAUCUCGUAAAAGAGGCUAUCGCGGGCUCGCCUCUCGUUGAGGUCAUCCCUAAUGCUCCAGCCCCAGAGCAAGUGCAGACCGACGAUUCCGCACCUCCUGUUGCCUAUAACAAGACUAGGUCGUUUUUCGAUAAUAUCUCUAGCGAAUCUAAGGAUCGCGCCGAGAACGGCGGCCAGAAACCUGGCGGGCGAGAGUGGCGCGGCGAGGAGCAGCGCAAAAACAUGGAGACAUUUGGCCAGGGAAGCGUUGAUGGUGGCUACCGUGGUGGUUACCGCGGCCGGGGCCGUGGCGGACGCGGCGGCCCUCGUGGUCGUGGCUUUACCCCUCGAGGAAGAGGGAAUGCAUACCGCCAACCCGCAGCUCAAUGAUUUACGUCGGCACGUCCGGCGUAUGCAAAUGUCGCACAGUCGACAAAUCGUCUUUACGUUCAUGACUUCCUACUCGUACCCUCAAGCGCAACAUCAUUUAGCAGUGUAUUAAUACGGCAGUUGCAUGAUCUGGUUUUUCUUUUUCCA